AUGCCGCCGUCCAGUCCCGCGCCGGUCGACCGAAUCGCGGGCAAGGCGUGCAAACUCGGAGGAGAAAACUGCUGCGUAACGCCCGUGAGUGCCAGUGCCCGUGAAGUUGCGGUGUCCAUAGCGGCUGUGGAGAUUCCGACGCCGGUUACUGAGUUCGGCGCGGUAAUUCCGGCGCUUAGGAUGUAUUGGGAGCCGGGGGCGGGAGUGAGCGGCCAUGAUUCGCAGAUUUCCGGACAGCGAUACAACCUGCGCAAGCGCGCCGCGAAGCCCGCAGCCACCGUCAAUACUCCCGGCCGCAAGGCCAACAAGAACCCCAAGUCCGCCAGCGGCGGCAUCUCCAAGGCCGCGCGGGCGCCGAAGACAUACGUCUACUGCAUAAAGCCCAGCAGCAUGGCUCGGCUCGCCGAAUUGGAGUUCGGCGAGCACACCACGCUCGUGGAGGGCGCGCGUUUCUACCUCCUGCCUGGAGGAAAGAAGCGCGCCCCGAGCGGCGUGGUGUCCAUGAGGGUCACCGUGCCCGCUGGAGUUGACGCCAAGUGGCUGGUGGAAAUGGACUUGGAGGAGGAGUUCUUGGGGGAGGCGGAUGAGCAGGUGAUGGAGGAGGAGCGCCAGGCGGCGGCGGCGGAGCACGAGCAGGAGGAGAAGCUGGAACAGCAGAUCCAGCAACAGCUGGAAAAUGAACAGCUGGGGGAAGAGGAGCAAGCAGAAGUGGAUAAAGAGGAGGAGGCGGCUGGCAACACCAGCCGCCGGAGUUGCAUCGUAAUGUAG